CCGCUCCUGCGGCCGUGGAACCUGCACUGAAAUGCCGCCCACCCCCCCCCGCCCAGUCCCGACACGCACAGAUGCACACACGGACAGAUACACACACAGAUACACACACAGAGCCCCCGAUCCAGCGCCUUCCCCCCGACACGCACACCCCGCCAUCACCCCAGACUGGAGGUGUAGGUCAGGGGAAGGUGGGACGAGGCUCAGUGGGCGGGAGAGCCCUGCACAGGGGAGCCGGGAGGUGAUCCAGCAGCGCCGCUGCCGGUUCGGAGGGAGCGCCUGUGAGCGAGAGACGCUCGGAGGAAGAACCACCAGGAUCCCUGGGCUGCAUCAGCACGGAGGGCUCAGCAGAGCCGGGAAGGAUUUCACCUUGUUGCUGUUUGUUUCGGGAGAUUUUCGCUCCCCCCCCCGCCCCGGACACUGUCCAGCUGAGCGUUUGUUUCCUUGCUGCGUCCGCAGGCGGCCUGAAAAAAAAAAAAAAGCGCUUUUCCAUGUUGAGAGGUGAUUUUUGUCGUGGUCUCCCUGCGAGGAAGAGAGCGGCACCAGCCUCCGAGAAGGGAGACGGGAUCAACUGAGGUUUUCCCUACCUCCGGCUGAACGUGAGAGUUCAAGUGACACCGGCACUGGCCUGUGGCCGACUGACUGCACGACGAGCUGGAAUCACAGCCAGAGCUGCUCAAUUUACCUGCUCGAGGACCCUUCAAACCCUUCUGUUGACGGUAGAGAUUUGUAUCCCAAGGAAAAUCGGAUUAAUAUAAACUAUGCAGAGCUUUGCGGGGAUAUCUGGAGACUACUCUGUCUGCAUGGCUAAUCUUGAAAUUGUCUGAAAUAAAUCCUCAGCGCAAGGAAUAACGAGAUACUUUCAAUUAGUUUUUUUUUUCCUUGACGCUUUUUUUUUUUUUUCCCUUCUGCGAGAAUUUAACACUUCCAUUGGAGGGUUUUUACAGGAGAAUGGGACACAUGCUGGAAAACUCACCACGCUUCAUAAAAAUCACGGGGGUAACAGUUUCCAUCAGCGUUGCGGUAUGAAAGGUUCUCGAUGGAUUGUCUGCUGGUGGCUACGAUGGAUCAGUCUUUCCCUGUUCCUGUUUGCGAUGUGCUGAAGGAUCCGGAUUUAGUGAAAUACUGACGCCUAUAAACUUACUCCCUCUCUGCUGAAGGCAUCGGAUGUGACAGUGCAGAGAAACAUGUGUUUCACAUUUCUGACUGGUUGUUUUGGUGCAAUCAAUACCUCCACAAGAAACAUUGACUUAGGUGGCGACUGUCAUAGCGGGAGGCACACGGAGUGCAGCUCUCGGCUUGCAGGCACAGUGAGCACAAAUCAAAGAGCCCGCCGUUCCUGGGAAGCGGGGGCUUCGCUUCCCCCCAGACUGCGGGGCAGAGGCUCCCGACCCACCCCGGGGAGCCCGGCCCGGCGGUGCGGAAUGAGCAAUGACCAAAGCGCUGUCAGGAGUGGCGGGCAGUCGGAUCCGAUGGGGAUCAGUGAGGCAAUAGCGGUUGAAAGAAAGGUGGAUCGCGAAAUUAUUGCCCGAAGGAAUAGCAGGCGAGGCGGAAUGAUGAUAAAGUUAAACUUCUGUUUCAUCUUCUGUCGGGGAUGGUGGGCGUUUCUGUUGCUUCAGCUCCACAUGUUGCAAGCACUGGCACAAGAUGAUGUUGCACCCUACUUCAAGACAGAACCGGGCCUGCCCCAGAUACACCUGGAAGGGAACCGACUGGUCCUGACGUGCCUUGCCGAAGGCAGCUGGCCCUUGGAAUUCAAGUGGUUACACAACGACAGCGAAAUCACCUCCUACUCCAGUGAAUAUAAGUACAUCAUCCCAGCUCUGCAGAGGUCUGAUGCUGGAUUUUAUCAGUGCAUUGUACGGAACAGGAUGGGGGCCCUGCUGCAGAGGAGAUCUGAAGUCCAAGUGGCAUACAUGGGGAAUUUCAUGGACACGGACCAGAGAAAAACAGUGACUGAAGGACAAGCUGCAGUUCUGAACUUCCCACGCAUCCUGAGCCAUCCAAGACCCCAAGUGACGUGGUUUAGAGACGGGCACAAGAUUAUCCCAAGCAGCAGAAUUUAUGAAGCCAUCUCGUGUUUUCACCUGCACAGAGACUGA